GAAAAAAAAGAAAAAAAAGAAAAAAGAAAAGGAAAAGCGGAAAAAGGGAAGAAAACAAACUAAAUAAUUGCGAGAGUAUUUAUUUUUAGUUUAGCUUUUCCUUUUUUUCCUUCUCUCUUCCUCUCUUCUUCUCCUUGGUUUCAGUUUCUGGUUGAGUCGGUUGGUUUUUCAUUUUGCUCUCUCAUUCUCUCUCCGUGUCUCCUAGAUGCAAAUGUUGAAGCUGUUUAAGAUUUAUCAGCUCUUCUUCAAUUUCCUCUACGUCUUCUCUGUCUUCCUCACUGUCUUCACAGAGUAGCAUAUGUUAUGGAUAUCCAUUUUGAAGCUAUCAUAUUAGGCAUUACUUAUUUUGAUCAUUAAUAUCAGAAGUAGUUCUGCCUCUUCUGUCAGUAAGUAGUAUCAUAUGAUAUGGAUAUCCAUUUCAAACAUGUUGCUUUAUUUGAAUAUCAAUAUCAGAAUUAAAUCUGCCACUUUUAUCAAUAAAUAAAUAAGCAAAAGAUGGCAGGGGAGCUUGUUAAUUCGGCAACAAGUGAGAAGCUAACUGAAAUGGAUUGGACAAAAAACAUUGAAAUUUGUGAAUUAGUUGGACGUGAUCAAAGGCAAGCUAAAGAUGUUACUAAAGCUAUAAAAAAACGCUUGGGGAGCAAAAACUCAAAUACUCAACUACUUGCUGUAAUGUUAUUGGAGAUGUUGAUGAAUAAUAUUGGAGAACCUGUUCACAGACAGGUGAUUGAUAAUGGGCUCCUCCCUAUACUAGUGAAGAUAGUAAAGAAAAAGACAGACUUGCCCGUACGAGAGAAGAUAUUUCUUCUUUUAGAUGCCACACAGACAUCACUUGGUGGAGCUUCUGCAAAGUUCCCUCAAUACUACAGUGCAUACUAUGAUCUAGUGAGUGCAGGGGUACAGUUUCCUCAAAGGCCUUGUGCUAUCUCAUCAGAUCCUCCCACCUCACAAGAAAAUAGGAAUAGUUCACCUGGUGUGGAACUUGUCUCUUCUAAACAUGAAGAAGUUGUGCAGCAAGCAUCUCAAGUUGUUCCAGAAUCUAGUAUUAUUCAGAAAGCUGGUGCUGCCCUGGAGGUUUUAAGAGACGUCCUGGAUGCUGUUGAUACUCAACAUCCUGAGGGAGCGAAGGAUGAGUUCACCCUUGAUCUUGUAGAGCAGUGUUCAUUUCAAAAGCAACGAGUAAUGCAUCUUGUGAUGACUUCUCGGGAUGAGAAGGUGGUUUCUCAAGCAAUUGAAUUGAAUGAACAGCUCCAUCAAAUCCUGAUUAGACAUGAUGCCCUUCUUUCCGGUACACCAACCUCGACUGCAAAUCAUGUUUACCAUGAAGGUGAGGAGGAAGAGGAGGCUGAACAGCUUUUCCGUAGGUUACGAAAAGGAAAAGCUUGUGCACUCCCAGAAGACGAAGAGCGCCCAGUAGAUCGACCCCCGUUUGGACUGCUUGGAACCAUUCCAGGAGAAAUGCUGAACCGUCCACUUAUACGGCCUGUGUCUUUGGAGCCAUCACAUGAAUCCCGACCACUUCCUUCUCCUCUGGCCUCUGCAAUUCCGCCUCCACCCUCAAAGCACGUUGAGAGGGAAAAAUACUUCCAGGAGAACAAGGGAGACGGGUCUGCUGUGGCUGGCCACAUGAGGAGCCUCUCAUUACACAGCCGCAACGCCAGCAGCUCUCACAGCGGAAGCAUAGAUUCCAGUGACUGACUGUUUACACCCGGUGAGUCACCUCCAUUUCGGUUUUCUGGAGAUUUCUCAUUUAUGGGUGAGUGAUGUUUGAGAGGUCUUUCGUCUGGUGUUUUCAGGCAUACAAACCGAAACCAUUUAAGGUACUAUACAUGAGUUGUGCCCUUAGGUUAUAAUGCUUUUUAAUCCAAACUGCAGUUCCAUUUUCGUCUGAGAGGGUUGUAAAGCACAAAUGUUCUUUUAUUUAAUGGUAUAGACAUUUAUAUUUAGACAA